UCGGAGGGGUGGGAGGGGCGGGGCGGUGCGCAGCCUCCCCCCGUCAGGUCUGCGAUCCGGGCCCAGCCAGGCUGCACAGGCGCGCGGGGCGCACGUCCGCGCGCCGGGGCUGCCAGCGAGUUACUUCCAUUUGAUUCGUAUUGCCAAACUGAACUCUCUUGUUUUCUUGCAAGAUGAAAGGAGGCAACCAUGAAUGAGCCACUAGACUAUUUAGCAAAUGUUUCUGAUUUCCCCGAUUAUGCAGCUGCUUUUGGAAAUUGCACUGAUGAAAACGUCCCCCUCAAGAUGUACUACCUCCCUGUUAUUUACGGCAUUAUCUUCCUCGUGGGAUUUCCAGGGAACGCAGUAGCGAUAUCCACUUACAUUUUCAAAAUGCGACCUUGGAAGAGCAGCACCAUCAUUAUGCUGAACCUGGCCUGCACAGAUCUGCUGUAUCUGACCAGCCUCCCGUUCCUGAUUCACUACUAUGCCAGUGGUGAAAACUGGAUCUUUGGAGAUUUCAUGUGUAAGUUUAUCCGCUUCAGCUUCCAUUUCAACCUGUAUAGCAGCAUCCUCUUCCUCACCUGUUUCAGCAUCUUCCGCUACUGUGUGAUCAUUCACCCAAUGAGCUGCUUUUCCAUUCACAAAACUCGAUGUGCAGUUGUAGCCUGUGCUGUGGUGUGGAUCAUUUCACUGGUAGCUGUCAUUCCUAUGACCUUCUUGAUCACAUCAACCACCAGGACCAACAGAUCAGCCUGUCUCGACCUCACCAGUUCAGAUGAACUCACUACUAUUAAGUGGUACAACCUAAUUUUGACUGCAACCACUUUCUGCCUCCCCUUGGUGAUAGUGACACUUUGCUAUACCACGAUUAUUCACACUCUGACCCAUGGACUGCAAAGCCACAGCUGCCUUAAGCAGAAAGCUCGAAGGCUAACCAUUCUGUUACUUCUCGUAUUUUACGUAUGUUUUUUACCCUUCCAUAUCUUGAGGGUCAUUCGGAUCGAAUCUCGCCUGCUUUCGAUCAGCUGUUCCAUUGAGAAUCAGAUCCACGAAGCUUACAUCGUUUCUAGACCAUUAGCCGCUCUGAACACCUUUGGUAACCUGUUACUGUAUGUGGUGGUCAGCGACAACUUUCAGCAGACUGUGUGCUCAAUAGUGAGAUGUAAAGUAAGCGGGAACCUUGAGCAAGCAAAGAAAAUCAGUUACUCAAACAACCCUUGAAAUACUUUAUUUACUUAACCAAAAACAAAUACUUGCUGAUACUUUACCUAGCACUCCUAAGACGUUCAGGAUGUCUCCCUCAAUGGAACUCCUGGUAAAUACUGUGUAUUCAAGUAAUCACGUACCAAAGCCAGAGCAGAGCUUCUAGUUCUUUGCAAUCCCUUUAUUGAGCUCCUCCAUUGGGGAGAUAAAGAAUUGGAUGCAUGCGUAUCAGCAAAGUGUUCAGACAUAGUAUUACAAGCUAUUGCAACUCAGAGGCAUCUUAGAGAACAUCUGUUCCCACCAACUUAUUAUAUAUACAUGGAAACCAAUUUCAUACCCUUGCCCUAGAUUGCUCAGUAAAUUAGUGCCAAGAUAGGAGAAAACCAAUCUUUUCACUCAUCAUUUCAUGCUCCUCUUCACUCCAGACCUGUUUGUAUUGAACCAUUAGAUAAUUCAAAUCACUACUUGUAUCUUUCUUAAUAUUUAUUUUUUACAUCUUAUAGCUCUACAAUUUGUUUCCUUCAAGCUUAACUUUGAGAUUAUAAAACUGGGUUUAGCCAGUUCUGUAUAUUACUUGCAAGCCAGUAAGAUACCCUUGAAAUAACUCAAGGACGUCCAUGCAAAUAGCUGAAAUUAGUACCUGCAAGAUAUUUGGAGUAUCAUGUCUUUAUUGUUGUUAAAAAGUUUUUAUUGAAUUUAUAAAAAUUAUCAAAUCGUAUUCAUCGUUAUUAACAUGUCCUGGGGAAGGAAGGAAAACUUUUGAGGACAGAAGUCACUUUCAAAUAUCAUGUAUGUAUUGGGUGUUCAAUCAUAUCUAACACUGUUUUGAUUUUUGUGGGAAAAUAUUCCAGGAAACACUAAUUCUCUUUAGAUUUCUUGUUCUUUUAUGACUACAAUGAACAUAUGUCUAUGUAAUAGCUAAAUAUAUUUUUGAAUUGUAUGUGUGCUUAAUUAUCAGUAAGUAUAAAUAUUUGAGAAAAUACCUGGUCUGGAUAUUUAAAACCCUCAUAAACAUGUUGGUACAAUUAAUAAACUUAUUUAUAAUUAUGUAAUAGGCUGUU